GGGAGAGCAAACAAGAGAGGGAGGGAGACAGAGCGAUGCUAUUGGCUGACCGUUAUAACAUCAACCGUGAUGGAAAUAUUUCUCUUGCAGUCUAAGAAAUAGAGGAAGAGACAGCCAGAGACAGUAGACUCAGGAAGCACAUUCAGGUCUGUUUUCAAAAUCUUUGAAAGGGAUGAAAAGAAGGGGCAGUUAAGGAAGAAAGAAAGGAAAAAGAAAGCAGGGUACACGAGGAGCAGGAGAGAUGAUAGUAAGGUGGACUCAGUAACUUAUGACUCCUGAGGGCUGUGGAGAUUAUUUUUUUUACUUGAGAACAGGAGCACUUUAUUUUUCUUUUAAAUCAGCACGAAUGGGUUUCAACAUGUAGACACUCCGCAGGCUUCUGUGUAAAUAUUUCCCUGCUAGAAUUUAACUAUUUAACCUGCACAUCAGCAGAGACAAGGCUUCACGUUUUUUGUUUUUGUUUUUUGGAGAUAACUGAGGGAUGCGCUUGAGACAAACAUGCAGAGCAGACAGUUCUGACAUGGUGUCGACCCAAAUUGACAGAGAAGAGGAAAGAGUGGACUGUUCAGUGGCAGACACGUCUCCUACCACGCACAGGUAUUCGCUACUCGAUAUUAAGGUCAGUCAAGAUGUCGAUCCAUGCUAACUGAAACUAUCAAUAAUGUAUCGUGAUGUCGCAUCUCUAAGCCCUCUUGAAGUGCUAACUAAUCUUUCGAUUCAAUUAGAAUAUCUGCUGCCUCAGUGAUUUACCCUUCUCACUUUGUGAAAUCAGCAGUGGCAAGUUGUGAUUUGCUUUGUCAGAAUAUAACUGUGUAACGUGCAAAGCAAUACCUUGAAUCUCAGCUAGGAUGUAAAUAAUUACUCAGCAGUUUAGCCAUCAUUAUAAGUAAAGACUCUGUAAAUAACAACUCGCAGAUGUAAACCUGUUAACUAUGAUAUGGAAAUAUAUGCGUCAUUAAUUGUGUUCUGGAUCCCGGAGCAACAGAUGAACAGAAAGCCAUACAACAAACUACAAAAACUACAAAAAGCCAUAACCGACUGGGACAAUAAUUCUCGCUGUUUUUACUGCUCUUAGUAUCGACUAGAAACCUGUGCUUCUGUUGUCGGCGUGUCAGUCAGACUCUUGGUGGUUUGUGAGUAAAAACAAAAAAGAAAAAAAACCCCAUGAUGUGUAGGUUUUGUCUAAAGAGAAACUGCAGGGAGGACAAGGAGGAGACAGACAUUUUCCCUGUCAGAGACUGAAAAGAGGAGCACUGAGCCAGCGGCAGACUACUGUGGCUGUGAACAGACAUAUAAGUGCUUCCUAGAUCAAAGCAAGGAAGGAGCUGUCCUGCUGUCAGAUUUACAAAAAGAGACAAAGACAGAAAGCAAGUAAGCAGUGGAGCUGCGACGUCAGCUGAUUAUUGAUUGUUACUAAAACUGAGUGCUUUACCCACCUGGACAAUAUAGACUCAGCUUGCAUCAAAGGGGAAAACCAACAAUAGCCUCUACCAGAGUAAAAGGAGGAGGGGGAGUGACCAGUAGCCAGAGAGAGGCAGAGAGCAGGGAACCAGUUUCCUUUCUCUCUCUUCACCCGUGUCCUUGUCAGGCUGGCUGGUGCAGCCAUGGCGUUCACCUUUGCGGCCUUCUGCUACAUGCUCACCUUGGUACUGUGUGCAGCUCUCAUCUUCUUUGUCAUAUGGCAGAUCAUUGCGUUUGAUGAGCUUCGCACAGACUUCAAAAACCCCAUCGAUCAGAGCAACCCCACCAGAGCGAGAGAAAGGAUUCUCAACAUUGAAAGGAUCUGCAACCUGCUUCGUAGGUUGGUGGUACCGGAGUACUCCAUCCACGGUCUCUUCUGCCUGAUGUUCAUGUGUGCUGGAGAGUGGGUCACACUUGGCCUAAAUAUCCCGCUGCUCUUCUACCAUCUGUGGAGGUUUUUUCAUCGGCCCGCUGAUGGCUCAGAGGUCAUGUAUGAUCCUGUCAGCGUGAUGAACGCGGACAUUCUCAACUACUGUCAGAAAGAGUCCUGGUGUAAGCUGGGCUUUUAUCUUCUCUCAUUUUUCUAUUAUCUCUACAGUAUGGUCUACGCCUUGGUGAGCUUCUAACAAACAGGAGAGAUGAAGAAAUAAAAUAACUGUAAAAGAAAAAUUGGAGAACAAACGGAGACACAAACCUUUACUUUCUCCAUGUACUGACCUUUCUGGCUUUGGGCUUUGGAAGUCUAACUUUGGACAAAGCAUGAAGAACAAUUUGAGUGAAUGUGAAUUUUUUCGAAAAAGCCUCUUUUCGAUUGUAUCAUUGUACACCCGAUACUGCUGUCGGACAACCGGAUGAAAUCUUGAAGGACUGAAACGCAGGUGUUUGUGUUGCCUUUGACCCAUUUUACAAUUUAACAAUAUUUCUGAAGGGCUGGAUUUUCCCCACGCUGCUCUUAAUAAUCCAGUCGCUCAACUCACUGUGAAUCUCCAAACACUUGGGGACUGGAAAAUGAAAAAUUAUGUCUGUAUUCUUUGACUUUGACAAUGUACUAAAAGCAGGAUUGUUUUGCAUAUGGAAACUCUGACGUCAAACCGUUACUCUGAUCGUGUUGCAGGAAAUGGGUUAGCAGUGUAAGAGGUUUAAUGGAGUGUGCACAGACACCUUUAACCAGGACAGAGGAUAAAGAUUUUCCUGAUGCCAGUCUCUGCCAAACGCAAAGUCAAAUGAGACAAAAAAUAAAUGAAAAAUAAAGCAAGGAAUUAUCCAGGUUUGACUUAAAUAAGUUUGACUUUAAGGGUCAAUGCUUGUGAUGCGCAUUCAAAAUAGGUGUGUCCAUACGUGAGAGGGCAUAUUUUACGCUAUAUGCUAGGUUCAUGCUUUCCAAAGAGCGUUCAGCUCAAACAUGCCAAAAUGUUACCGCUGAAAAUCAUUGUGCCAAAUAUAAAAUCAAGGUCAAAAGAAAAAUGAUGAGACUAGAAAGUAGUUGCAGUAUUUUGUGCUCUCAGACCUUAUCUUUAAUUCUACUUUCUUUAGCACAUUAUUUUAUUGGCACAAUAUUUUUUUUCCUCAAAAAAACAAAACAAAAAAACUUUAGUUUUGUUGUUUUUUAGUGUGCAGGAAGCACCUUAUUCCUCUUUCCAGUGAUGUUUACUUUUAUUCAUCUGCAUUUAUACUAUAGUCAUUUUAGCACAGCAACUCUUCUCUGAUUCGAGGUAGAAUAGCAUAGCAUAGUCAUCUCAUGUACAAAAAAGCAAUUAAUAACAGUAAUCUAGCAAUGUAAAUUGAGUCAUGAGACAUAUCGAUCCAGUGUUAUUCAGUGUUUGUAACAGUGAGUGGGACAAAAGUGGCAGAUGAGACAAUAACAACUCUACGACAGUGUUUCAGCUGUUUAAGAAGUGCGAUGACAGCGAACACAUCGCAAUACAUCUGCAAACAUACAGCUUCAAAGGUGACAGACGUAAGAGACACACAAUCUUGCUGAUGACCAAGAUUUAUAAACAGUAAGGCCUUUCCGCGGCUGGCCUUUGUGUUCAUUAGAUGGAUCUGUUUGCAGAUAAGUGAUGGUUCAGAUGUGUGAUAUCAGUAGGAAAACAGAAACUCUGGGGGCCUGAGAACAAGCUGUGAUAUUUGCCAUACACCAACUCCAGGUGUACUAAAUGGUGGUGCCUGAUAGACAAACUGUGGGCUCAGAUAAAAAUGAGGUAAGGAGUCUCCGGAGAACACGGGUGGGCGAUUCUCAGCUGCUAGACAUGGCUGGCUGUAAUCAGUUACCUUGCCCCCAGCCCUGACUAACCACGUCUUACUGUCAAGGAAUGCCCACUUAAAAUAAUGGUCUCAGCCGCUGCAGCCUACUGAAGUUCUUGUUACGUAGAAGGAUUCACAGCAAAAAUUGACACACUGUCGUGACCUUUAUCCAAUAAUUAAAUAGUAGGUCUGUUUAAAUAAAUUUAAUUACAUUUUAUUUUCAUAGCACAAAAUCACAACAACAGUCACAUUCAUAUUAUAAAGACCCUACAAUAAUAGAGACAAGACCCCAACAAUCAAACGACCCCCUAUGAGCAAGCACUUGGCAACAGUGGGAAGUAAAAACUCCCUGAUCAUUCGACCAGUGGUAAAAGUAACUGUAGAAUUUUCCAGUGUGUUUGCAAUAAAUGAAAUGUAUUUCUAAUGAAAACGAUAUUUUCUUUAGAAAACACCCACACUGCACUGUAUACCAGUGCUUGAGGCUGUUUUGCUAAGCUCAGCAAAUUCAAUACAAAUGUGAACACCAGUGUUUGUGUACAUCAGCAUUUCACGCUUUCUUGCCCUGCCUGUACGACUCAGUCCCAAGCCCAUAUUUUUCACUGUAGUUUUAGCAAAUGUCCCUCAAAACAGGAAUAAAUGCAAUAUUUCUUAUAGAUAUAUUUUUAGAAGUGGAAACAUUUUUGCAUCAGCACUUUUUCCGGCAACAGCACUGUGUUUAUCAGAUUCAUAAAACAUUAGCCCCAUGAUCAUUUGUGAAGCUGAAACAGUGGGGGGAACAAAAUGUAUCAAGCCUUUGCUACAACUGUAAUACUCACAUCAGCUGAAUUGUGGUUUGUUAAUUUUCACAGAAUGUGCUGGCAAUUUGGAAAGGAUGACUUUAAUUCCUAAUAUUCAAUUCAGUUUUAUUUAUAUAGCUCCAAACCACAACAACAGUGGCCUCAAGGUGGUUUAUAGGUGGAAGGUAAAGACCCUACAAUAGUAAAAAGAAAACCGAGAAAAUCCCAGCAAUCAUAUGACCCUCAGUGAGCAAGCGCUUUGGUGAAAGUGGGAAGGAAAAACUCCCUUUUAAUAGGAAGAAACCUCCAGCAGAACCAGGUGUAGGGAGGGGCAGCAAUCUGCUGUGACUUUUUGGGAUGAGGGGAGGAAGACUGUGGAAGAAAAGCAGAAAUAUAAUAAUUAAUAUAAACCUGUGAAGUGUCCAGAACGUACUUACAGUUCUAAACUCACCUUUAUUGACUCACAUACAGUAUGCUCUACAUUACAGGAAGGCUAAUUUCUUAAAAAAAUAUAUCAUAUAUUAGUCUUAAAGGAAAAAAAAAUAAUGUUUUAAAACCAUGAAUAACCUGUGUUGUUAAUGUAGCUGCACUGUAGAUGUUCAGGACAUACACAUACAUAAAUAUUAACACAACCUUAUCUAAGUCUGAAAUCAUGGCACGCAGAUCAAAUCAAACGGCCUGUGUGAUCUGAAUCGCAAGCACUGAAGCAAUUUCAGUAGGCUGUCAGUGUGUCUGACGACAAGACGGUAUAUGUUGUUCCAAAUAAUGUCAAAAGUAAUCACAGGACACUGAGACCUCAAAACUCUGCCAACAGGGUGAGCGUGUAGAGUCUGGACAAUCGCUACUAAAGCACAGGAACACGAGGAGAAAAAAGGGGGGGAGACAUACAGCUUGGUUGAAUGUCAUUAUGUAGUUGCUGUGAACAAAGCCUAUUAGAAAACUGUAUUUGAGUAUAAUUAUUUGUAUCUGUCUUUUAUACAUUUCUCAUCAACGUACGCUACAGUAAAUUUGGUGGAUGACUUUAUAUAUAGAUAUUAGGUUACACUAUGAUGUACAGCUAUUCACAUGCCGUAUUCUAAUAAAACAGCAAUGCCAAAAUG